AUGGGGAUGAUAUCAGCUGAACCAAAUUUGUGGGAGAAGUGUGCACGUAAAUUCCCCAAAUUAAAGAAGCAUCGCAAGAAUGGUUUCCUCUGUUUAGGAGCUGUGAGGCCUUGGAGCAUUGCUAGAGGUGACAUGAGUUUCACUUCUACUGAACCGAUGCUACAUGUAGCAUCUGUUAAUGAACCAGUGCAACAUGUACCAAGAGCGGGCAGCGAGAUCAAUGUUGCUCGACCAAGUGUGGGCAGUGAGACUAAUGUUGCUGGACCAAGUGUGGGUAGUGAGGCUUGUGAAGUUCAGUCACCACCUUCCGGUACGUCAGUACAUGGAAGCGGGAAAAAGAGGAAGAAAAGUCAAGUUGCAAGUGUUUUGGAUGACUAUUUGGAGCACAAGAAGAACCAAACAGAUAAGACUAUGGAGGCGUUCCUUGAGAAGAAGAGUCGUGGAGAGGAGUCUAUGGAUAGGUGUGUCCACAUAUUUGAAGCUAUGGAGGAGUUGACAGAUGAGGAGAAGGCCAUUGCAGCAGAGGUGUUCGAGAAUGAAUUGAAUCGAGAGAUGUUUCUGAAGCUAAUAAUUCACAACGUGCGGCUGAUUUGGCUUCGGAGGAAGAUAAGACUGACAGCGCAGUCUGCGAGACUGACGGCGCAGACUGCGGCGCUGACAGACAGCACGGACGCGGAGGUGGGCAAAACCGGUUCAACCGAUAUUGCCUGA